AUGCGAGAAGCCCUGGAAUGUGGUACAUACUUAAUCCCAGAGCCGCAGUAUACGGAAACCCUCGACAGCCUACAACUCCUCCUUGCAGAGCCGGUUCAGAUGGAGACGCGCCCACCACCUCCACCACCACCACUGCACACUAAGGACCAAGAAGAAGGAGAAGGAAGUAGCCUUCCCCAACAGGAGGAAGGCAGCGGAAUGUUCCAUCCCUUUCUCAAAGUCCUACCGCCACCUGGCCAGGGACUGGACGCAUGGACCAUCCUUUUGGUCUGGUGGGAGCGGGUGCAAGUCAGCGAAACGCAAGUUAUUGAUGUUAUCAAGCAAGGAGCAGGGGAACAUCCAGAAACACCUGCUAUAAGCACAUUGGAAAAACGCAUUGAGGAGCUCGGCCACCGAUUUGUGAUCGAGCGUGCCGUGGCUGAAGGAGCCAAACGUGCCAUCAAUGCAUUCGAUCAUGGAAAGCCACUUGCUGAGGAGCAAAGGGCACAUAAGAAAGCUCAAUCAAUAUUAAACCAGGCAAAUGAAAAGCUGGACCUCCUUAAAUAUUCCAUGGAGGAACUAGUGAAAGAACUUCCUGAUAGCCAUCCCAGGAAGAGUAUUACCACCAAGGAAUUGUUCCUCAAUUCUGACAUAUCCAAGCCCACAGCACUAACGGGUACCCUGAAAGUGCGAGUAAAGGGCUGUCACAAUAUUCUGGAGAAUGUACCUGGCAGACUAAAAGACCCGUCAGUUGUUCUCCCAGGAAGGAGGACACGUCGUGGAAGAUUCUCAUUAAUGAGCCGGAUUAGAAGAAACAACCGUGUCUGCAGUCAAAACACCCAAGAGACUGUUGACUUUUCCAACGAGGUCCGUGCUCUGCUGAAAAUUGACCAGAUUCCAGUGGGUUCAACCAGUUGGAAAACUGUGUCUAAUCCAUCCUGGAAUGAGACAUUUAAACUGGAGUUAAAUAAGUCUCGGGAGUUAGAAUUAUCUUUAUAUUGGCACGAUCGGAGAUCACUGUGUGCCACAAAGACGCUGAAGUUGGAAGAAUUCCUGGUGAACCGGAAGCAGGAACUGUGUCUACAGCUGGAGCCACAGGGCACCCUUUUCAUCAAGGUGACAUUUUCCAAUGCUUCCAUCCAGAAAAGGCCAAAACUUCAGACAAUUCAGACAUUCUUCUCCAAAAAACAAGAAGAGACCUUCCAGCCCACUGCAGAGGAGGAUACAGCUAUUGAUGUCCUUCCAUUGCCAGUAUCAGACACUGAGAGCGUGGUUCCAUCACCACCAGCUGUCGAUACCGAUGCAGAAGAAACCAUCAAGUCCACAUCAGAGGAGGAUAUAACAUCUGACGUUCUUCCAUUGCCAGUAUCGGACACUGAGAGCGUGGUUCAAUCACUGCCUACUCUCGCUAACGAUACUGAACAGACCAUCCAAUCAGCUUCUGAGGAGGAUAUAAUAUCUGGCAGUCUUCCAUUGCCAGUAUCGGACACUGAGAGCGUGGUUCUAUCACCGCCCGCUGUCGAUAUCGAUGAUGAAGAGAUUAUCCAAUCAGCAUCUGAGGAGGAUAUAGUAUUCAGUAGUCUUCCAUUGCCAGUAUCAGACACAGAGAGCGUGGUUCCAUCACCGCCCGCUGUCGAAACCAAUACUGAAGAGAUUAUCCAAUCAGCAUCUGAGGAGGAUAUAGUUUUCAGUAGUCUUCCAUUGCCAGUAUCGGACACUGAGAGCGUGGUUCAAUCACUGCCUACUGUCGCUAACGAUACUGAACAGACCAUCCAAUCAGCUUCUGAGGAGGAUAUAAUAUCUGGCAGUCUUCCAUUGCCAGUAUCAGACACUGAGAGCGUGGUUCCAUCACCACCAGCUGUCGAUACCGAUGCAGAAGAAACCAUCAAGUCCACAUCAGAGGAGGAUAUAACAUCUGACGUUCUUCCAUUGCCAGUAUCGGACACUGAGAGCGUGGUUCAAUCACUGCCUACUGUCGCUAACGAUACUGAACAGACCAUCCAAUCAGCUUCUGAGGAGGAUAUAAUAUCUGGCAGUCUUCCAUUGCCAGUAUCGGACACUGAGAGCAUGGUUCUAUCACCGCCCGCUGUCGAUACCGAUGAUGAAGAGAUUAUCCAAUCAGCAUCUGAGGAUUAUAUAGUAUUCAGUAGUCUUCCAUUGCCAGUAUCAGACACAGAGAGCGUGGUUCCAUCACCACCCGCUGUCGAUACCAAUACUGAAGAGAUUAUCCAAUCAGCAUCUGAGAAGGAUAUAGUAUUCAGUAGUCUUCCAUUGCCAGUAUCAGACACGGAGAGCGUGGUUCCAUCACCGCCCGCUGUCAAUAUCGAUACUGAAGAAACUAUCCACUCAGUAUCUGAGGAGGAUAUAAUAUCUGGCAGUCUUCCAUUGCCAGUAUUUGACACCAAUAGCGUGGAGUCAUCACCACCCACUGACAAUACUGAAUCACAAGAGACCAGCCAAUCGGUGUCAGAGGAUGGAGCUAUUGACGUUCUUCCAUUGCCAGUGUUUAACACUGAGAGCCAAGAGUCAUCAUGGUCAAUUAGCGUUUCUCCUGUAGAAACAUCGGACACUGAAUCUGAACCAGAAGAGUCUCCUGUUGCAUAUCGUACAUCUUUUUGCAGCGAUCAGCCAGGACUUCAUGUUAUAAUCCCAGAUAUUUUGUCUCAGGAUUAUGGAGCAGGACAAGACUAUUCUAGGAACUACACUCCAAGCCAAGUGCCAUGUAAUACACCUCUACAUGAUGGCAGAGUGUCCAAUCAGGAAAACAGUGUCCUUCAAGAUCUGGAACAGUCUCAGGACCGACGCAUUCAGCGAGGAGUACAACUGAGCCUCGAUGAUUUCCAAUGUCUCUCUGUGCUGGGCAGAGGACAUUUUGGAAAGGUUCUACUUGUUAACUACAAAGGUACAAACACCAUGUUCGCCCUAAAAGUCCAGAAAAAACGAAAGAUAAUUGCAUCUGAUUCUAUCGACUGUCUUAAAUAUGAGAAGAACAUCUUUCAGACCAUAAGCAGCACACAACACCCAUUCCUUGUGAAUUUGAUUGCAAGUUUCCAGACUGAAGAUCUUGUCUGCUUUGUAAUGGAAUAUGCCGCUGGUGGAGAUCUAAUGUCAACUCUUUAUAACAACAUGGCAUCUUUUACAGAAAGCAGAGCUAUGUUUUAUGCGGCCUGUUGUGUGCUCGGCCUCGAAUUUUUACAUCAGAACAAGAUUGCUCACAGAGAUCUUAAAUUGCGGAAUAUUGUUGUAGACAAGGACGGUUACGCCAAAAUUACCGACUUUGGUCUUAGCAAACAAGGGAUGGGAUUCCUCGAUAGAACCAACUCUUUCUGUGGCACACUGGAAUACAUGGCACCGGAAAUAUUUGAGAGAAGACCGUACACAAGAUCUGUUGAUUGGUGGAGUCUGGGCGUAGUAAUUUAUGCAAUGCUGUGUGGAAGGUUUCCCUUUAAAGGUAAAGAUCGAGAGAAAGAGAUAUCGUAUAAGGUUGUAAACACCGAACCUGACUAUCCGGAGUUCCUGUCUGUAGAAGCGUUUUCAAUAAUAAAAAGUGGACUAGACUGGAGUGCGUUAUUUUCUAAAAACAUCAUACAUCCGUUUGUACCAUCCAUUGCCGGACCAGAGGACGUCAGUCAUUUCGACAGAGCUUUUACAACACUGGACCCCAUUCUAACACCACCGGAAGAAUCACCUUUAGAAGACCAAGACCUGUUCCAAGAUUUCGACUGGGUGGCCGAUUGGAUUUGA